GUCAGGACGUGGGCGGGGUGUUGGACAGCUCUGUGGCCGUCGACACGAGCAUCUUGGAGCAGUACCUCUGUAACGACAUGGACCCCAGCAGCUUCAUGCUCCCUGAGUCUCCUCCUGACUCCAACUCUGAGGCCUGCUCCCCUCCACAGAUACCAGAUUUUGGCUGUGAGCGUGGCUGCAGGUCCACCCAGCCCAAGGUCUUUCAACCAGCAACCAGAUCUGCAUCGUGUCACUUCAGGGAUCAAGGCUCCGCCCCUUCGUCUUCAAACCCGCCACCUCGAGCUUUUUCCUGUCGUUUUAAAGACGGAGGCUCCGCCCCCUCGUUAGACCCUCUGCCUCACCAACGGCUUCACAACCUGGGCCUCACAAACACUUUCAUCAAGUCUGGGAGUCCACCUGCCCCGCUAGUCCCACCUGUUCGCCUUCAUCAGGAUGCACACCUCUCAGCUGAGCACUAUUUGAAUCCAGAGAGCUGCUUGAAGGGUUACACCCCGCCCACACCUCCCUCUCCGUCAUUACCCCCCUCCAGCACCUACGCCUCAUCCAUUACUGGUCCAGUCCUGGUCCCAAAUGUCCUGCCAGCUUCAGACCGUCUGCUGGGCUCCACCUGCACAGUACACACCUG